AUGAAUGGACUUUGUUUUGAAGGCAGCUGGAGAUGGAGACGGAUCCUUCUGGUCAUCCUGAUUCUGCUGCUGGCAGCUGAACCACCAAAAGGUACGAGACUUUUAAAGUUUUCAUUUCUGGGUUUAGUUUUAGCCGUUAACUCCACCUCUGAAUCCUCUGAAUCUGUGUCUCAUUCCAGCACUCGCAUAUUUCCUGGGAGACACCAAAGCAGUAUUAUCAGGAUGUGAGGACCACUGGACCCUGCAGGACAGGGUCACCAUGCCGGAACUUUUCCAGAUGACCGUGUGCGUCGACAUCCGUGUGGUCGUACCCGGGGCAUGGGUGGCUUUCUCAUACAGCUCCGUCCACGCUCCCAGACCUGAGCUGGGUCUGGAGGGAGACGAUGAGGCGCUGUACGGGUGGCUGCUGAGGGUCAAACAUAGAUUUCCUCUCCGGCUGUCCCCGUUUCUCUGGCACAGAGUGUGUCUGAAGAGGGACGUGCAACGCAACUCAUUCAGCCUGGAGGUAAAAACUUAGUUAUGAGUUAAUAUGGAAAAUGUUAAAGACAAUAAACUGGAUGAAGAUAAUAAAAACUCAAGUGGAAAAAGCCCUAAAACAAACAGAUCUUUUAAAUCUUAUAAAAGUAAUAAUUGUGAACACACUAAACUCCUCCCAUGCUAACAUGCCUGUAGGACUGCAGACAAAAGGCAGGAACUGUUAACAAAAACAGAUUAAUAUGAACAAGUUAGCGAUUGUUGUUCAUUCAGGGUGAGGUUUUGAGUGACAGAUUAAACAAUGAACUGUAUAAACACAGUAAAGACACAAAGCAGUGACUGCACUGUCGUGUAACUUAGACUGAAAUAAAAACUCGACCGACCCAGAAAACUCAGAGACAGGAGUUUUUGUUCUUUGAAAACACGCCAGCGUUUCUGUUUCAGGUUGAUGGGGAGUUGGUCGCUGAGAGGACCGUCAUCGCUAAGGCCAUCCCCCCCUCCACGUCUCUGUGGCUUGGCUGUCGACCCCGGGACCGACGCCUGAGAACCCUGAGCGGGAAAAUUGAGCUGUACCUGUUCCGGAUGUGGGCGGACCUGAGUUACCACGGCCUUUGUGAGGAUGGCACUGUGAUUGGCUGGAAUGCUCAGAACUGGGGCGUAACCAGUCUGAAAGCCAGACAGAGAGACCCUUAUCUCCUGUGUGGUAAGAGAGACGCGCAUGAAGCUUUAAACAUGAUCAAAAUAGUGUGUUUUUUUUUAUUUUAGGGUGUUUUCUAUGGUAUUUCUAAAUAAGAAAACAUCAUUUAAUGGGAACCACAUCAUUUUAAUUCUCAUUUUAAGUGACUUAUUUAUGUAGAAGAUCAUUCUUAUCCACUGUUUCAGCGUCCACAGGUGGAUUUGGGCGGAUUUUCUCUCCUCCACCUGGUGAGCAUUAAUUUACAGUCAGUGAAAAACUCCUUUAUUCAUCUUUGCUGUGAAGAUUCUUUGUUUUCCUUCUGUUUUUUCAUCUUUCUUUCUUUUCUCCUGUUCCAGAAGUGCCUUCAAUAACAACCACUUCAAAUCCAAUUAUUACAACACCUGCCACUCACACAGGUAAGCAUCUGCUCCUGUCAGUGUCACUCACCUGUGAGCCUCUGCUACACACUUUUACUGCAAACCUGCAAACUUUUAAAGUUCAUCCUGAUUUCUUUUUUUUUUUUUUCUCACAAAUUUGGAGACUCUCCAGCAUUUUAGGGUUGAUUAACUUAAUUUGAUUCCUUAAUGCCAUCAUUAGGACUAAUUGUGCUCUAAACACUUCACUCUAAUGCUCCGACUGUUGAGUUUACACGUUGGAGUCAGUGCAGAUUGGAGAUUUCAGCGCUGACUUCUUAUGUAACUGCAGAUGAUGCAACAUAGCAGAGGCAUGAGGGUGGGUAAAAGAGAAACUCAUAAAGUGAAGAGUUAUGAAAUAAAAGUCUGCAAAGCACUUUUCAUACGUACUAAAACUGCAGAAGAUCAGUCACAAAAAUACACCCCAGAGGGACCACACUCAAAGCCGGAGUUUGUCAACAGGCGAGGCAGGCAGGUUGUUUAAGGCCCCAGGCCACUAGGAGGGCUGACCUCACUCCACGAUAAUGUCCAUUGCAACCUCAUCAAACAACAAGUGGUCAAAUCAUAGAUAUCUAUAAGAAAGGUUAGAUGACUCAAGGCAGUCACCUGCGUCCCUACACCUAUAGCACCCACCUAUAGCUAUUAUAGAUCUAUAGAUCUAGGUUUAAUGUUUAUUAAUGAAAAUCCAUGGUUACAAUUAUUCUUCAGUGUGCAGGAACAUAAAUAAAACUCUGAGGUUUGUUACAAACCAAACCGUUUGAAAAUCGGUUUAAAAUUAAUCCAUCUAUGGUUAUUUAAAUGUUACCUGAACUGUAGACUAUAAUGUUAGGAGUGGGCGAGCUGCCCUUAGCAAGAUGGCCGCCAUGCACGGACGUCGGUCUCCAUUGGCUAACCAAAGUAACCUCAAAAUCAGCCGUGAAGUGGAGCUACUUAUCAUGGAGUAAGAAAAGAAAGAGAGGGAAAUUAGGACAAAACAAGACAGCGGUAAGUGGAGCAGACAGUGAAGUUUGGCAAAUACUUUAACUAGCAUUAGGUGUGAGGUUUGGUGUAAGGUCUGUCAAUUGUUUGGUAGUUAGCCGUGUUAGCUUAGCGGCAGACGUUAGCCUCGGUUUCCCGCUUCGUUGACUCGCUGUUUCCGUGUGUUAACAUAUCCACUCUGUCUUGUUAGGUUAGCCGACAGAGAGAAAGCGUGUUUGUAAGAUACAAGACUGAAAUUUCACCAGAGUAACUAGAACACCGGUAAAAGAGUGAUUUGGAUGGGGGAAAAAACAGCUAACCGCUAACUGUUAAUGAAAUGCUAUUAAUGAAAGUCGUGUCUAAGUUAGCCUAAGUCUUACACUAUUGAUGUUUCGAUGUAAAGUGUGCUUUCUGCAUCAAAGACUAUCAACUUUGGAGCUUAUAACAUACUGAAGUAAGUCUCAGAGACCAAAUCUGGCUGUUGUGGUAAAAAUAUGAAGCUGUUUUAGAGCAAAAGUUAUGUAGUAAAAAUAAUAGGUCUUGUAAGCACACUCCAGAAUCGGCUCUGACCACACUGACCUCCAUUUAAGACUGUUUUCCUCCAAAUACGUCUUGGAAAAGUGUGAUUAUCUUGCGUUUACAUUUAUUAAUUAACCAUCUCCAGUGCUGAUAUUUACCUGUUAUUGUUGAGUUUUCAUCACCAGUUAAAGAAAUAUAACAACACAAUAAAGUGACUCAAAUCCACUCAGUUUGUGAGAGCGGUGAUGACGUCUGAAUGUUUCUAUCAGGGAGGGUCAGUGUAUUUUCAGAGACUGUUUGGAUCAAAUCCCCCAUAAAAGAAGGUGAUCUGUGAUGAAUUAUCUACAAAUUAUAUCAAAACAGUGUUGUUUCUAUUAUUGACCAAUCAGAAGCUGAAUCUGUGACCUGAAAUAGACGUCACAAUUUAGUCUUAGCAUUGAAAUGAAAAAUAUAGAGCUGUUCUGAAUAAAUUAAUCAUGAUCAGAUUACUCUAGUCUCAACAGAUCUGUGUUUUUUCUGAGAAGUUAUACUUUCAUGUUUUAUCAUUUAAAAUUAAAACCAUCAGAUCUUCAUAAAAGGAUCAUUUUGAACGUUUAUGUUGGUUUGCAUGUCGAAGCACUUUAACAUGACUUACUUUAGCACUGUAGUAUCUCACCUGCUCUACUCUAGUCUUCUUUUCAGCUCGAUCUUUGCACAUGACUCACAUUUGAACAUCUCUUAUGGCUGCAAAGACAUAAGAACAUACUCACACUUCAGAGCGUGACUUUUGUGGUGUCUUCAUCUCUAACCUUUGUCCUGUUGUGCAUGACUUUAGUGCAUGUUGUAUGUUGAAUGUUGGAUGUUUUCAUGUGUCUCGUAGACCACAGGAGGUUGAGACGUGGGGCACGAGCUAAAAGAAGCCUUACUGAUGGUGUGUAUCCAGGUGACCUAACACUGACGUGUACUCUGUGACUGUCUUUAAAAAGCGUGUUUAAGAGUUUAAACACUCCUGAAUUCUUCCUUUCUUCCAUCUGUAGCGAUCUGCAUACGUUUUCGGAGGUGCUCCUGUCUGCAAAAGCAGUGCACCACCUUCUAGACAUGAAUGCACGUAUUUGUAGAAAUGUAUUUACAUUAAUUUGAAACAGUUUAGUCUGAAUUUUUCUGUUUUUGACACUCAUUUGUUUCCAGUAUGUUAGCAAAUCAUAAACCAAUCUGUGCACAUCUAUAGGAAGCACAAAGGACGAUAAAGUGUAAUGUUUCUCACUCCAGUUUGUGAAAAUUCAGAGUAUAUUUUCACUUUUUUAACUCCUUUUCAGGAUCUUCAUUUGUAAACUGUGACGUCAGCUCACUCUGUUCUAAUACAAGUAAGAGAAAUCCUCCUUUAACCCUCACCUCGUCUCUCAUUUUUGCAUUUCUAACUGAAAACAUAUAAAAUAUGAAUUAUAAUGCUCAAAAAUAUGCUUUUUUUCCACUGCAGAUGCUCACUACUGGAUGUCCAUAACAGUAAAGGUGACAGAGGCGGAUAAAAGCGAACAGGACGUCCACAGCCUGGUGAGAGUGAAAAUUGAGUCUGUGCUCUUUGUUCUGCUUCUGAUGCACCUUCCAAACUUCCAGCGUUUCAUGCUGCGUGCUUUUAAUAGCUUCAAAAUGUCAACGAGCCACAAACAAGUCUUGCCGGCAGAAGAUUAGUCAACAGGAGAAGCACAUUCCAGCUCUGUGAUGCACCUGAAAUCUAAAUCGAUUCAGCCUGUCAACAACUCUCGCUCAGCGACAGCAGGGUGACGUCUCGACGUGUUACCUCACUGAUAAUUAACUGUUAGUACUUUCAGGUUUCGAGAAUGAAAUAUGUGAAUUUUUCCUCCGAUCUUUGUCAGUCAGUGUUCACACAGAUAAAUCUCUGAGGAGUCGGACUUUUUAUUUGCUUAUUUUGGUGUUCAGUCAGCUUUAUGUGAGUCUUCAGAUACAGGCAUGAAAAUCAGACUUUUGAAACCAGGCAGCAGGUAAAAAUACAACAGUUUGAGAAAAUCAGGGUUUAAACUAAUAAAAGAUCUGCUGGUUAUUUACUUGAAAAUUGAGGAAGAUUAAACGGCUGCGAACUCCUUCUUUUGUUCGUUCAUAAAUUUUAACUUUAUAAUUGAAAAACCACCAAAUCCACAGAUUAGAAAGGGCACAGAGAUUGAUUGUUGGGAUUUUUGGAGGACAAAAAUUCCAGCACAACUUCACCAACUUCCAAGGCGCUUGGAGAAAAAGGAUCUGAAAGAGGUCAAAAGAGCUCCAGAAACACUUGUAGUUCAGGAAAACAGCUUUAUUUGAUCGACGCGGUUUGGCUUGUGGCCUGGAUGACCCUGAUGAAGCUGUUUUCGUGAACACAAGUGUUGCUGGAGCUCUUUGACCUCUUGUUGGGAUUUUUUAAAGCUAUUUCUUUGGGUAUUUUCUUACUUUGGCUAGGAUGGUUAAAAGGGUCUCUGGGAAUGUGGAGCAAAUGGUCAAACCAGAGACUGUUGCAACUUUAACUAUAUGUCUGAGGCACAUAUCUGGAACACCUCUAACGGGAGGCGUCCAGAAGGCGUCCUAACCAGAUGCCUGAGCCACCUCAGCUGACUCCUCUCGACGUGGAAGAGCAGCGGUUCUACUCUGAGCACCUCCCGAGUGUCUCUAAGGCUGAGCCCGGACACCCUGCGAAGGAAACCCAUUUCAGCCGCUUGUAUCUGCGAUCUUGUUCUUUCAUUCAUUACCCAAAGUUCAUGACCAUAGUUGAGGGUCGGCACGUAGAUCGACCAGUCGCUGCUUUUUGCAGAUGAUGUGGUGCUUAUAGCUUCGUCGAGCAGUGACCUUCAGCUCUUGCUGAGGCGGUUCACAGCCGAGCGUGAAGCGGCCGGGAUGCGAAUCAGCACCUCCAAGUCCUCCGAGGCCAUGGUCCUCGGUUGGAAAAAGGUAGAUUGCCUUCUCCGGGUCGGAGGGGCGGUCCUGCCUCAAGUAUCAAGUAUCUCGGGAUCUUGUUCACAAGUGAGGGUAUAUAAAUAUAUCUUUUUCAACUUUGAGUUUUCUUAUCCUUUAAUUUCUCGUUUUGUUCACGGUCUCCAGACUGAACCUCUUCUCGUUACUGUUCAUGAGUUUCAGAUGGAGCUGUAUGUUAGCGUGUUCAUUUUCUGGCUCUUCACUGGAUCAGGCAGUUUAAGGACUUCUCUAAGUGUUCUCUCUCUCUCUGGGUUAAGUUUGUUUCUCUCAUCACCUCCCACACAGUUUCAGCGUCUGUCCGUCUGCGUCUCUCUAUCUUCCACUCAGGUGUCAAGUGCGUUUGGUUGCCCGGUAACAGGUCUAGAAGAUUUCUGUCAGAGUGAUGGACGAUUUCAGGUCAGCCUGUCCCCGAAACAAACAUCCCCUUUUUCACUUUCCAGAUUAUGAUUUCUCCUGCAGGGGAGGAAAACUGACAGCAGCUUUCUGUGUCUUGUUGCAGGUAGCAGAUGUCAGCUGCAAGGCGAAAAUGAACAUUGGGUAACGGCGUGUCUUAAAGAUUUUACCUUCAUAAUCUUAUGACUGCACGUCCUCACCGUGGUGUGAAUACUUUGUUCUCAGAGAAACGACCUGCGAUGUGCUGCUGCAGCUCAGUCAGGCCGUCUCAGCGUGUCGACUGCAGCGGGCUGGAGACUCUGCACUGCAGCAAGCUGGAAACCAACGAAUCCAAGUGAAAAUCACAGGAGAGGUGGAGAGAGUUGGUGAGAUUUUUACACUCAGUUUUCCCUCCGAGCAAAUUUCACACAUCCAUCAAAACACUCAUGUUAUUGUCUGAAGGUGCACUUUGUCAUUUCAAAGCCCCAAAAUAACAAGGUAACACUUAACAAUAACCAUAACUUAUAAAUUGUAAAUAGACCAUUUAUAACCAGACCAUUAUCAUUAUUUAUAAACAGCAUAUAGAUCAUUAACCGUUAACUAGACCCUAAUUUUACAAUAACCAUCUAAAUAAUGUUUAUAGACGGUUUGAAAACCAAAUGUUAAACAUUUACAAAGUGCUGCUGACACACAUUUUAAUCUAGAUGUUUUACAAACAAUAUUUAAACCCUAUAUAAACCUUUAAUAAAUUAUUAGUUAUUAAAUUAAUAGUCAUAAUUAUUUAUUUAUGAAUUAUGGUUAUUGUAAAGUGUUACCGAACUAUAUACCCACAUGAAAAUAACAAAAGUGUGUGAGAUAUAAAAGGAAAACACAAGGCAACAUUUAUUACACACAGAUCCAUUUUUUAAUCUAGAUCACAAGAAAAUUAAAUGAUAAGAAUUUUAAACUCUGCUGAUUAUCAACCAAAGAAUAUUUGAAAGAAACAGAGAUACUCUACAGCUAAUUUUAAAAUGUAUUUAGGGGCACAUGUGCGAAUAAAAAAAUUAACAAAUGUGUUUUUAUACCAUGGUGAAGUUAGUUUUAGGUUGGAUAUAUUUUCCUGUAAAUACGGUGGUGAAGUUAGUUUCAGGUUGGAUAUAUUUUCCUGUAAAUACGGCGGUGAAGUUAGUUUUAGGUUGGAUAUAUUUUCCUGUAAAUACGGCGGUGAAGUUUGUUUUAGGUUGGAUAUAUUUUCCUGUAAAUACGGCGGUGAAGUUAGUUUUAGGUUGGAUAUAUUUUCCUGUAAAUACGGCGGUGAAGUUAGUUUCAGGUCGGAUAUAUUUUCCUGUAAAUACGGCGGUGAAGUUAGUUUUAGGUCGGAUAUAUUUUCCUGUAAAUACGGCGGUGAAGUUAGUUUCAGGUCGGAUAUAUUUUCCUGUAAAUACGGCGGUGAAGUUAGUUUUAGGUUGGAUAUAUUUUCCUGUAAAUACGGCGGUGAAGUUAGUUUUAGGUUGGAUAUAUUUUCCUGUAAAUACGGCGGUGAAGUUAGUUUCAGGUUGGAUAUAUUUUCCUGUAAAUACGGCGGUGAAGUUAGUUUUAGGUUGGAUAUAUUUUCCUGUAAAUACGGCGGUGAAGUUAGUCUUAGGUUGGAUAUAUUUUCCUCUAAAUACGGCGGUGAAGUUAGUUUCAGGUUGGAUAUAUUUUCCUGUAAAUACGGCGGUGAAGUUAGUUUUAGGUUGGAUAUCUGACGGACAUUCUCUGAGGAUCUACCGGUGUCUUCUCUCUCUCCAUAGCCGGGAAUAACAACAGCAGCGCGGUUAAAUCUACUCGUCACCAUCACUGUCAACGACGGUGUUGAAUAAGGGACCUUCAAUAAAUUACCAGUUGAUGUUCUCAGAAAAGGCUGUUUUCCUUCAAUAGCUUCUAUGUCAUGUGACCAAAAGACCUAAAAUUGAUUUUGAAUAAUAAUACUUAUGUUGGACAAUAAGACACACCUUUUUAUUUCCCUAAUUUGUCCUCUAAAAAUGUGUAAGUUCCUUGUGAAAAAUAAAAAUUUAAAAAUAUGUCCCCAUUGUCAAAGCCCAAAAGAAAACUCUGGUCCCCAUAAAUAUAAGACGACAAGCACAAAUACACACAUAUAUGUUUGUUUUUCGUCAUCAUAAGGACUUACUCUUGAACAAAUUAUUCCGUUCCCCUGAAUCAUUUUCAGUAACUUUAUGUUUUAUCCAAAUAUGAAUGUAAACCCCAGCCUAAUUCCAUCUUUACCCUUAAAUUCACUUUCUAAUCCUAAUUUCUAAUCCUCAUUCAGCUCUGUGACAGAAAUAUCUUUAUUGUUAACUUUUUCACACUCUGCACUAAAAUCCCCUUUAAAGCCACAAACUCUGUGAUAUAAACUCACUCACAUUGAUGCAUCCACAUCAGGUCGGGACCUUUGUGAGGAUAUGCUGCCCUCUAGAGGGGGGUUCAUGAGGUGCACAUCUUCAUCUUCGCUGGAUGAUAUCUGUCAGACAAAUAAACCUUCCCAGCUUUCAUGGUGAGUAAUAUUUUUAUUUUUUAAGCAAAACAUAUCCAUCAAAGUGUUCAAUAUGUGUGUGUCUAAUCAGUGUUUAUUCGUUUAGCUCCAUCAUAGAGCCAAAUUCUGACCCGGUUCUGCAGACGAGGACAGACUCUUGCAGCAGUGAGUGACUAAAACAGAUUAUAGUCACCGUAAUUCUCCAUUGGUGUAACCGUGUUUGUUUUUGUGCCUCAGGUGUAAAACCUCACUACUGUGAUUGCACCGCUUUCUGUCAAACUGCAAGUAAGUAAACGGCUGGAAUGCUCUUUGAUUCGAUAUGACGUGUGUGAUCUGCUUGUCUUUGGCGUUAAUCUUGUGAUCAAAUGUUGAUAACCAUUGAUAAGAGGUUGUGAGGGGGCUUUAACCAAUCAGAAUCAAGUAUUUGACACAGACUGUGAUCAGAAAAAAGCCAAGGACAAGCUUAUGGUUCAUUAUGCUAAAAGUCUGAUGAUAGUUUCUUUAAAGUCAAACCAAUAAUCAAAACAAAUGUAUUUUGAAAAUUGAGUCUACGUCUUUUUUUUUGUUCUUGCUGAAUCUUUGCCGUCACUGUUUUUUCUGCUGUCCCUCCAGGCCACUAUUAUGCCACACGCCUCAACGUCAACAGUGCUGUUGUGACUACUGAUGUCCUGAAAACGGUGGUAUGUAAAGCACACUAGUAUAACUGUUUAUGUCAUUCAGUACUUUUACAUGAUGCUCAAGAAAACAAAAUUAUCGCCUUACUCCGAUUAAGACCGGGCAACUGAAGUGCAUGUAAACAACUUAGUCCGACUAUAAUCAGGGUUUGAGAACUCCGAUUAAGACACCCAGAUAAUGUGAAGAAGAGGAGUAGCGUUGGUCUCAUCUUAAGAAAAAGUAGCGCGUCCAUCAUGUCGGACAAAAACAACGCUGUACGAUGCUCCAUCUUCUUGUUUCUCCAAAAUGCCCAGCAGCAGUUGUAGACACUUCUGACGUCUGACACCGACCUGCUGUUGUUGUUGACGGUUGGAUGGGGUUGGAAACAGUGCCGCUGAAAAGACCCAUAUUGCCCCCUAGUGUUGGGGAGGAGGACACGUUCACGUCAAUAAUUCGAUUUUCUCAGCUACAUAUACAAGGACAAGUAGAGAAGUCUGAUUCAGACAGAGAAAAAAAAAAAGAAUUAUGAGCUUAGUGUGAUUAAACUGUGCAUGUAAACGACCUGAGUGUUAAGAUAAGUUCCUUUAAUAGUCCCACAGGGGGAAAUUCCAAAUGUUCCAAAUGUUUUUGCCUCUACUGACUUUCUGACCUUACUUGACAGUUAACACAACCUGGAUUUGUGUCCUCGUGUGACCAAACGUCAAGGUAAGUCUCUUUCUUGUUUCAAUACUGUUGUAAGGUCUUUUAAUUUUGCCUUUCCGACUUUCUGAUCGGAGGUCACUAAUUUGUUUCCAGGUCAGCGUGUCAGGAUUUUUCCAAGUACUACAAGGUAAAUCUCAUCACAGGGAACUUUCUGAACUUAAUCCAAACUGUGUGCAGCCACUUUAAUCUAUUGAACCCAAACAAGAGCCAUUAAUCACAGUAUUUUUCCUUUAUCCAGCGAGCUCGUGUCGACUGCCAUGGGACACCAGAGAGGUAUAUUUAUCUCUACCUAAACGACUCUCAUUAUAAUAGUCACAUUCAUACAUGUAAAGGAAGUUUCAAGUUCCCAAAGUGACUGACUGAACCUCUUUGCUGUUACCAGGUUCUACAGUUGCAUGGUGAUACUAGAGAUGGCCGGACCAGUUGAUGGUUGCCAAUUGAGUUUGCUGCUCCAAAAAGCCAUCAGCAACUUUGACAUCACAAUCGAGGAGCCACUUUCACGCAUGCGUCAGUGUUUAGAUUCAAGCAUUUUCCAGUGAAAACCAAAACUACAGAGAGACGUUCUGUUUGAUUACUGAUGAUUUCCUGUGCGUCUGCAGUGAUUUGUGGUCCUCCUGGUUCGACUGUCCGUUCCCUCUUGGAGUCCAACUUUAACUGGGUUGCUGCUGACCUGCAGAUCACUGACAUUUGCCAACAGGACCCCACUUUACUUGAAUGGUACCCUAACCCUUUUUUUGUUUUCUUCAGCGCAGUCAGCAGAUUAAUUUAUUUAUACUGGACCGAAACAAAUAAAAAGAAAUACGCAAUCAGCUAAUUUGACAAUCUAAAGUAAUACAUGAGGUGUUGAUGGGCUUUAUUUACGGACUAAAAAAGACUUUCAGACACUUGGAACUGCAACUUAAAAAGCACAUUUAUGACUUGGAGGUUAGGACCACUUUGAGGAAAUUAAAAGUUUAACAACUAUGCAAGUAAGCCCCAAAUUUAUCUGAAUUUAGUCCUUAAAGUAUCCUAAUAAAGUCCGACAUUUAUGAGAAUGAAGUUGGAAGAGAAAAAGAGAUAAAAAGGGUCUUAUAUUUGUGACUUUACUCUCUUAUAUGAAUUAGGAAAGAAGUUGUAAAUUAACAAGAUUUAAGUUACACACUUAAAUAAUCAGUGAAAAAGUAAAUUCAUGGUUCAUUUGAUUACUUUAUGAGAAUUAAGUUAUAUAUUUGUGGAAUUAAAGUUGUGGUAUUAUGGAAAAGGAAGUAAAAAUGUUCAAAAUUGAAGUAUAAAGAAUAAAGUCAUAAUCUAAAGACAGUAGGGUUUAUACACAUAUAGUAUAGGAAUGUAUAUACUCAGCUGGGAUAGCUGUUUCUCCUUGUUUCUUGUCUAUAUCAAGCUAGGUUCACUAGCGUUUGGCAAAAGUGUCAUUUUUACUCAGAGUAAAUUAAAGUGGCAUCAAUCUUCUCAUAAACCCCUGGAAAAACAAGGGAAGUACCUAAAAUGUCAAACAUUGUUUCAUGCAUUGUACUGCCAAGCACUUUGUUUGGGUUCCCCUAUGAACGUUUGUUGCAAUAAAUCCAAAGCUUAAGUGGCAAACAUGAAACUACAAAUCAAUGUAUCCCAACCAUCUCUUCUAACAAGGAACUAGCUGAAAAAAAUAGAUAAAAAUAAAAAAACGGAAACAAAAUAUGAGUUUAACAUAAUUCUUUCUUUUCCUUUUUAGUGAGCCAAAUCAGAGUCAAGCUGUUCUCCUGACUGACAGCUGCACCCCAGAACCGCUUACCACCAAGCAAAGCCCAACAGAGCCUCCCACUUCAACCAGCAACAACAUCACAACAACUACUGGAACAUUAACAACAUCUGUUACCAACACAACUGCACAGACUUACACGACAGAUGGAAAUACUGCUGCAAUACCAUGGACAAAUGCAUCACAAGGGACAGCUCAGCCCGGCACAACAACUCCUCUGACAACUGUUGAUAGUACACAGUCGUCGACAACAACCACUUGGCCCAAAACAAACUCACAAAACAUGACGCUGAGUGUAUCUGAGAGUACAACAGUAGAAGAUACAACUUUGAUGACUAAAACAACCAAAUGGCAGGGUGCAUCUACAACGAAUAAGAAGACAACAGACAACAAAGCAACAACUUUACAAAAUACAAUACAACACAAUGAUACAACCACCCUCGCUGAAUCAACACUAAAAACAUCUUCAAUCUCACCAAAUGAGAAAAAAACUUCCAGUGUAACGACACCUGAGAUGUUUACAACUUCCACCAAUUUCACAAAAGAUAACUCUGUUACCACACCUGGACCCAGCGCAUCACCUGUAAACAACACAAAAGUGUACAGUGCAACUACAACUGACCACAACACACAUGCACAAAGUACCACAACAGAGAGAAACUCAGUAGUUACUCACAUAGUCACACCCUUGUCAAGUGAUGGGACAAUCUACAACCAAACCACAGCAAACCCAACAACUGCUUCUCCACCUGAUACGACAGUCUUCAGUACAACUACAGCCAACAAACUCACACCCUCUUCAAAUGGAACAACAGCAAGCAAUGCAAUAACACCUACAACAUUAACACAGUCAACAAGGAUUACAACAGAGCCCAAUACAUUCACAACUUCAGGUGAUUCAACAAAGAACAGCCUAACAACAGUUGACACACCGACACUUUCUGCAAGUCAUAUAACAGCCAACAAUGUGACUACACCCAACACAUCUACACCAUCUCCCAAAGAUACAACAGCCAACAAUGUAACUACACCCAACACAUUCACACCAUCUCCCAGACCUACAACAGCCAACAAUGUAACUACACCCAACAUAUUUACACCAUCUCCCAGAGGUACAACAGCCAACAAUGUAACUACACCCAACACAUUUACACCAUCUCCCAGAGAUACAACAGCCAACAAUGUAACUACACCCAACAUAUUUACACCAUCUCCCAGAAGUACAACGGACAACAAUGUAACUACACCUUACACAUUUACACCAUCUCCCAGUGAUACAACUAUCACCAAUGUAACCACAGCCAACACAUUUACAGCUUCAAGUGAUGCAGCAAUAAACAACGCAACAACAGUUGACACAUCAACAGCUUUUAUGGGUACUACAAAAGCUCACAAUGUAACUACAGCCAACACAAUAACACCAUUUCCCAGUCAUACAAUUACGGACAAUGUAACUACAACUAACAAAUUUACACCAUCUCCAAAAAACACAACAAUCAACAACGUAACUACACCCAACACAUUUACACCAUUUCCAAGUGAUAAAAUAAGCAACAAUGUAACUACAGCUAAUACAUUUACUCCGUCUCCUAGUGCUACAACAAUCAACAAUGUUACUACAACCAACACAUUAACACUGUCUUCGAGUGUUACAACAAUCAACAAUGUAACUACAGCCAACACAUUUACAGCAUCAAGUGAUGCAGCAUUAUCCAAUGCAACAACAGUUGACACAUCAACAACUUUUGUGAGUACUACAAAAGCCAACAAUGAGAAUACAGCAAAUACAUUUACAUCAUCUCCCACUGAUAAAAUUAGCAACAAUCAUACGACAGCCAACAUACUCAGACCAUCUCCCAGUGACACAACAAUUGACAAUGUAACUACAGCCAACUUUACGCCAUCUCCAAGUGAUACAACUGUUAAUAAUGUAACUACAGCCAACACAUUUACACCAUCUCCAAGUGAAACAACUAUCAACAAUGUAACUACAACCAACACAUUUACACCAUCUCCCAGUAAUACAAUUAUCAGCAAUGUAACAACAGUGGAAACAUCAACACUUCCUCCAAGUGUUACAAAAAACAACACUGUCACUCCAGCUAACACUUCUACACUUCUGAGUGACGCAACUUCUACCAGUGUAACUACAGCCAAACCAUUUACAUCUACACCAGAUCACAUAACAGACGGUAAUACCACCUCGGCUACCAACAGUUACACAACAGUCUCAAACAAUAACACAACACAGCAUAAUACAACUGUAGAUAGCAACAGGGCGCUACAGAACAGUUCCCUUAUCAGUAAUUCAACAGAUAGCUUGUUCACAACAACUCCCAGUCACACAGUUAUGAAUAACCAAACAUCUACCACCAAUCACACAACAGUCUCUGACAAUCACACAACAGUCUCCUACAAUCAUACAACAGUCUCCUACAAUCAUACAACAGUCUCCUACAAUCACACAACAGUCUCCUAUAAUCACACAACAGUCCCCUACAAUCACACAACAGUCUCCUAUAAUCACACAACAGUCCCCUACAAUCACACAACAGUCUCCUACAAUCACACAACAGUCUCCUACAAUCACACAACAUUCUCAGACAAUCACACAACAGUCCCCUACAAUCACACAACAGAGCAUAACUCGACAGUAGUUGGUGACACAAGAAGCCUACACAAUGGUUCGGUGACAAUAAGUAAUUCAACAGUUCCCACAUUUACAGCUUUUCCAAAUCACACUGUUGAGUACAAUGUGACUACACACAGCACAUUUACACCUCUGCCUACAGAUACAACAGCGUACAUAUCUACAACUGACACCUUCACACCUUCUCCCAACCACACAACAGUUUACAAUGUAACCACAGCUGUUAGCAGUCACACAACAGAGUACAACUUAACUACGCUAAACAGCACAACCAUACAAAACGGUUCAGCUUUGACAACUCUAAACAGCACACUGGUCUACAAUGUCACUGCAAUUCCCACCAAUCACACAACAGCCUCAGAAAAUUUCACAACAGCGUACAACUUUACUACAGCAGAAAGCAACCUAACUUUAAGAAAUGGUUCAUUCCCAACGAGUAACACAACAGUUAGCGCUUUUACAAUGUCUCCCAAUCUUACUGUGGUGCACAAUGUAACUAAAGCUGCAAUCAAUUACACAACAACUGAGAGCACAACUCGUACGACCGUACUUCAAAACCAAACAACCAUAAACAACAUAACCACCGCACACCCUGGGGAAAUUCAACAAAACACGACAGUUUCUCCUACAAAUGAGACGUUACCUACUGCUGCAAUUCAAGGGAAUGAAACUUUCAACAAUGCAACAACAACUUCGAUGCCUUUUUUUGGCAACGUCACCAAACCAACAGCAACUCCAAUAAAUAACCAGACCAGAAAUCAAACCAUGGCGACAGCGACCAAUAAUGUCUCAACAACAACCAACAAAACUGAGGACAACUCCACCAUCGCUCCCACUGAUGCCAGUCCCUCGUUUGAUCACAGCAAUACGACAGGAAUCAACUUAAACAUGAGUUCAACAGCAAACAGUUUAACAACAGUCACAAACUCAACAACUGUCAGACCAGGAGUCGAUUUAACCACGACAGCAACAACAGCUGGAAAUAUAUCUACAACCUCAACCACAACUACCAGAACUACCAAAACUGCGCUUCCAACCCUGAUUAACAACUCUACUGCAAAGGUUUCUACGACUUCCACAACAACUCUGGAAACUACGACCCUCACCAGCACAACCACAACAAAACCUGGUAGGUAAAGGUGAAAAUGCAAAUUUAUCCAUUCUCAUUGGUAUCGUUUCUUUUUCAGUAAGGUCCUUUGCAUUGGCAUUGGCCAGAGCUGACAUUUCAGAGUUCUCUUACUAGGUCGGGGAAGUUGACUUCAACUCCCUGUGGUCGCAACAUUUAUGUGCAUUUUACUCUGUAUCUACAAACAAAAAACAUAUCAAUCAAAAAGUAUGUCUUGUUGGUUUCUCAUCCAUUGUAGUUAUUGAAAAGUUCAUAUUAGAGUUUUCCUUGACAUCAUGGGGAUUUUAUGUUUUGUAUACUUGGCACAGGAAACACUAGACCACAUGAAUUUGUUUAGAAAAUAAGUGUUGCCAGUGCAGAAACGGACUCAAACCUUAAGAGAAGAAUGGUUUUCAUGUCCAAAUUUAAGGGCCUGUUUCCUUUACCUUGCUAUAAGGGCUUAUGCCCAUUAUCUGCAAAUUUCACCCUCUGCUUCUUCAUUUUAUCAUCUCAGCUUCGUUAAUACGUUAACAUUUGUUUCUCACGACUCACAAGUUGUUGUUGGGACUACCACCACAACCACAGUAGACCCAGGUCAAAGCCAAGAGGAACAGGCAAACCAGCUGCUGAACCAAACACAGAACCCGUCUCAGCUGGACUCCUCUCAGGUAAAGCUUUCCCAACUCAAGACCAAGCCUUGCAGGAUGAGUGGAGAAGAGAUGUGUGCCAUACUUGAAGUAAACUUUGACGGUUGUUGCAGGUGGAAGAGGUUGUUGAGCGGUUGGAGAAGCUUCUGGAAGGCCCGACUGUUUCUCAAUCACUGGGACAAAAAGCCAUCAACAUCGUCACCAACUUGAUGGAAAGUGACCCAGCGGCCCUCUCUGCAUCCGCCAACAGGUUCAACUCACAGAAACCUCAACAACGCAGAGACACUGAUACUCACUGGUUCAGUUUUUCUGAAAGGUUUGGUCUUGUUUCACGCUCACAGGCUGAUCCGGGUGGUGGACGAUCUGGGUUUGAAGCUGGCAGUAAGCGGUGACAGUGCGAUCCUGUCGUCAAACUCGCUGGCUCUGGCCGUGAGGACCGUUGAUGGAACCAACUUCCCGGAAACAUCAGUGAACAUUUUCAACACGGAUAAUAUCCAGGUAGUCCAGGCUGCAUUUGCUCACUGUCGGGCUCCUGUUUUUGUGUCAGUGGAUUUUGUUUUGAUUUAGCAUUUGUUUUCUUUUUGUUCACCCAGCUCCGUACUCUCAGCAGAUCCAAGCGGUCAGAUUCAGCUCUCGGGUCUGUUUUUCUGCCCUCCUCUCUAACCUCAGGCCUCAGUCCUGAGGAGCAGCUGCAGGCCAACAGGCUCCAGUUCACCUUCUACACCAAACCUGCCCUCUUCCAGGUCAGUCAGAGGAUCUACGAGCUUUAAAACCAAACUCAGAUCAGAUCUCUCAGACGUGACGUGACUCAACCACCUUAUUUUUGUCCAUCAGGAUGCAUCAUUGGAUAAUCAGACCCUGGUCAGUCCAGUCCUGGGCUCCAGUGUGGCCAAUUUGUCAAUAAGCAACUUGACAGAAAACGUCCAGUUUACCAUCAGAAACAUCAACCCUGUUCAUGUGAGUCUGAGCACACCUACAGAUGACACAUGAAAUAAUCUAUUCAUGAAGAUUUUAAACAAGAAUGAAGGAUUUCUGUUCGUUUUUAUAACCUUUUACAUUUUCUUGAACCCUAACCUCAAACGUUUUCUGUUCCUUCUCAGGAGGAGCAUUCGGCCUCCUGUGCAUUUUGGGAUUUUUCUCUGAAUGGUAACCCCUCCCUACAGACCAUAAUAAGCUGUGUCUGAGUCCAGCGUUAAUUAUAAACUGUAAAUCUCUGACUGUUGUGGUUCUCUGGUUCAGGUGGUGGUGGAGGCUGGAGGUCCGAGGGUUGUUUCAUCGUCAACACCACAGCAGAAGAGACGAUCUGCAGCUGCAACCAUCUCACAGCCUUUGCAAUCCUGCUGGUACGAGUCUAAAUAUUCGUUAUCCACAUGAGUGAGAACAGCGUAGGACUGGGCGAUUAAAUAAUCCAGAUAAAUUUCAGUUCGAUCACGGUGAUCACCUGUGAGCUUAUUUACUCCAUCAAACAUAAAGGAAAUGUGCGUGACAGCAGCCAAUCAGAGUCGAGCUUUUCCUGCUCGCUUCUGCAAGUUACCGGAGGAGUAAACAAAAUGACCGAACGUGGAGCUGAACGCCGUGACUUUGAGUCAUCCUCCGAAGAUUAGUUAUUAAACGUCGGUUGUGUGGCGGUGGUUUGGUUAUCUCCAAAGUGACGUUGAGUAAUCAAGCCGAAAAACCAGUCCACCUCCCAACACUGGGCAGGACUGUUAGGACUGGUUUUAAGAUUCUAUCACAUAUAAACUCCUUCAUUGACGUAUUUAUGAGUGUUUCCUGUCUUCAUCCAGGAUUUGUCCAGAGAGGGUUUGACCGACCGUCAACACGCACAGAUCCUCACCUUCAUCACCUACAUCGGCUGUGGGAUCUCCGCCAUUUUCCUCGCUCUAACCUUACUGACUUACCUGUUAUUUGAGUAAGAAUCCGGUCGUCACCGCCAUCAGAUUAAAUCAAUUUGAGCGAAUUUUCAUCCUCUUUUUUAAACUCGACCUCGUUCUCUGCAGAAAGCUGCUCAGGGAUAUCCCCGCCAAGAUCCUGGUCGAGCUCUGCAUGUCCCUCCUCCUCCUCAACCUGGUCUUCCUUCUGGACGGCUGGCUGGCGCUCUACCCGGCUGUGGGUCUGUGUACCAGCACCGCCUUCUUCCUGCACUACUUCCUGCUGACAUCGUUCACAUGGGCGGGGCUUGAGGCCCUGCAUUUGUACCUCAGCGUGGUCCAGGUGUUCACCCCGUACUUGAGCAGAUACAUGUUGAAGUUCUCUCUGAUUGGCUGGGGUGAGUUUGAGCUAACCGCUGCUUCAUUAUUUUAAACAACCUAAUGAAUGAACUAAAAAAAAAACUCAAACUUGAUUUCCUGAUGAUCAUCCUGGUCUUUGCAGGCGUUCCUCUCAUCGUGGUGAUCAUUAUUAUAGCGGUGGACAAAGACAACUACGGCAUGGUGACAUACGGAAGAUACACAGAUGGAACGACCGACGACUUGUGAGUUAAACCCAAAUAUUUAUCAUCUAUAAAGAUAUGAGGAGUUAAAGAUCAGAUACCAGCCGCCUUUUCUGUGUCCUCAUGUUCUUUCUCUAUAGUCAGGUGGAAAAAUGACUUGAUCCUAAAGAAAUUCUGACAAAAUGUUUAUCAGCUGUUUUUUAAAGUAUUAGAUGUCGUUAAUAACAAACUAAAAGUUUACCAAAGUUUGAAGGUGUCGCUUAACCGAUCUGUCGUGGUGAAGAAAGAGCUGAGCUGUAAGGAGAGACUCUGGAUUUACCGGUCGAUCUACGUGCCGAUCCUCACCUAUGGUCAUGAACUUUGGGUAAUGACCGAAAGAACAAGAUCGCAGAUACAAGCGGCUGAAAUGGGUUUCAUUUGACAUGUCCCACCGGGAGGAGACCUCGUGGCCGGCCCAGGACCAGGUGGAGGGAUUAUAUCUCUCGCCUGGCCUGGGAAUCCCCCUGGAAGAGCUGGUGGAAGUGGCUGGGGUGAGGGCCAUCUGGGCUUCCCUCCUGAAGCUGCUGCCCCCACGACCUGGACCCGGAUGAAGCGGAAGAAAACAAACGAACAAGCAAACGAGGAAGCGUGCGAAAUUAAAAUUUUGCCAUUCGUUUUUUUCCCAUGUCCUUAAAAUGACCAUUACUCCGUUGUUUUCAUUCUAGACCAGGAAGAAUUCUAGCGCCUGAUACAUGUUUAGCAGUGUUGUUUUCGUCAGGCAGGACGAAAACUUAAAUGACGACGUCUGACCCCUUUUUUACUUGACGAAAAUGAGACUAAGACGAACGUCACCAAAGCUCUGUAAAGACUAAAAUGUGACGAAAAUUAUAUUCAUUUUCGUCAGACGAGAACGAGACGAGACUAAAUUGUUAUUAGGUGGACGAACAAAGUUUCAAAACAUGCUUUUUUUUGUCCUAACAGUCACGCCCCCAUCACACACGCACCAAAAGCCUCGCUCGCGCACAGCUGCGCGCACACACUCAUACACAUACACAGAGCGGCAGGUGGACGAGGCGCGCACACACACACACACCGUGGCGGCAGGCACAGCAGCGGUGCCCGGUGGCCGAAAAAAGAGGGAUGAUUUUUGGUCCUACUUCAGAUACAGUUCAAGUGACAAUAAAAUAAAAGUGACAAUAAAACACGGGACGGGGAGACGAGACAGACGACAGUUGUGGAGCCACAGCUUCCUCAUGCUUCAAACUGUCGGGAAAAAACACCACGAACCUCAAAAGGCACCUUUACGUCGACUAAAACUAGACUAAAACCUUUUGAGUUUUCCUCGGACUAAAACUAGACGAAAACUAUCAAGGAUAGAAAUGACUAAAAUGGGACUAAAACGAAGAAGCAUUUCGUCAAAAUGACUAAGACUAAAACUAAAUCUAAAAUGCCUGCCAAAAACAACACUGAUGUUUAGACCAUGUAAUAUUCUAAUUAGCAUAUUUGUAUGAUAGAUAAGUGAUUACAAGCACAAUUAGUGACCCACGGACAGUGUCGCAUGGAGAUCUUUGAAUGUUUAGGGGUGGUGAGAGUAUUUUCUCAUUUACAGAGUGAUAAAAAGAGAUAUCCAAAGUCCUCUUCUGACUCUAGUAUGUCAACAAAAUAAAAAAAGAAUUUAAAAAGGGUUUUUAUCCAUCGUUCAGUUUUCGCCUCUUGCAUAUUUAAUUAGAUAUGACCUCAUUUACAUAUUUAAACAUAAUAUCUGGGAAAACUUGUAAUAUAAAAAAUAUUUGUCUUAAUCUAAGUUAUAAACUUGGGAAGUUUCAUGUUGAUAUCUGAUUAUUAAAAAUUUUACCCUAUUCACCUGAGGAGUCUCCCCGGACCUCCUACCGUCAUGGACGCCAUCUUGAAAAUGACGCCUUUCAGAGAGUCUGAGUCUAACUUCGGUCUCUCCUCUCGCCCUGUAGCUGCUGGCUGCGUAACGACAUCGCCUUCUACGUUGGCGUGGUGGCGUACUUCCUCCUGAUCUUCCUUCUGUGCCUGAUCGUCUUCAUCAUGGUCAUGGUCCAGCUGGCCCGGAUCAAGAAGCAGAACCCUCAGAACCAGUCUCCCAACAGGGGAGUGUUGACGGAUCUGCGCAGCAUCGCCGGCCUCGUCGUCCUGCUCGGCCUCACCUGGGGGUUCGCCCUGUUCGCCUGGGGACCCCUCUACUUACCCUUCGUUUACCUGUUCUCCAUAUUUAACUCUCUGCAAGGUCGGACAUGUUGGUCUACUCUCAGAUCCACUCAUGACGGUAAACCCACAGAAAGAAGAUCUGAGUGUUUUUAUCUUCCCUCUGCAGGUUUCCUCGUCUUUAUUUUCCACUGCGCCAUAAAGGAGAACGUCCGCAAGCAGUGGAGGACGUACCUCUGCUGUGGAAGGCUGCGAUUGGCUGGAAACUCAGGUGAGCGCGGUUUUAUUCUGCUCUAUCUGGAUUCUAUCUGCUCACGACAAAGUGAACAAACUUUAAACACUUUUGUUUUCUUCAGAGUGGAGUCGGACGGCCACCCAGAACAACAGGAACAUGUCUCUGAACACGGCGUCCAGCUCUGCUCCUCACUUCACCUCCAGAAGCUCCUCCGUCACCAGCGACGCGACGAACAGCAGCGGUAGGUCGACAUCCUCAGUACCUGUCCCGCUCUUUUUAAAGUCUUUUAACGCUCACGUUAACGUUUGUUUGGGUUCCACCGCAGGCUCCGUGUUCGCCGACAGCGGGAUAUCCGACGGCUCCAACAGCGACGUCGUGCUCAACGAGAUUCACAGGAGAAACAUGACGCUGCAGGCGGGAGCAGACUGCUGA